UACUCUUCAAAAUUUCCCCAGCUUUUGGUGCUGUUUUGUGAUCCAGACUUGAAUGCAACUGGGUUUUGUUGUUCUCAUUUUCAUUAUGAGGACUGAAGCUAAGAAGCUACCAACAAGACCCACUAUUAUGGAACUACCUGUUUGAAUAACAGCUCCAUUACUACUCCUUUUACUUGUCUUUAAUUUUAUUGGUCUCUCAAGUUAUUGUGUUUUUCCUUAUUUUGUCUUCUUUAGUAAAUGUUCAACAACUAUAACGUCUCAAUUCAAACAAGUCGGGUUCGACUAUAUAAAUCAUCCUAUUUACCAUUUCAUACCCCACUAAUGAUUACUUGGAGUUUGUUAACCACUCUUACAAUUCCUAUUGAUAUAUAUAUAACACAUCUCUAAACAAAUUAAAGAGCCUCCUGGAAAACAUUGAACCUAAUGUAAGCGUACCGUCAUGAUUAAGCUUAAUCCCAACUAGUUAAUAUCAUCUAUGUUGAUCUUUUUCUGAGAGGUUGUAGGCCUAGCCUGGAUUCCGAGAGGUAGCAACAUACUAUGACUGGAAGCAUGGAAGAAGGUUUGUUAGAUGGGAGUAGUCUCAGAAAAGCAAGUUGGCGAUUCCAUGUUACUGCAAAUAUUGUUUUGAGUUCCUUAGUUGCUGCCUGUGGUCACUUUGCCUAUGGAUUUGCUGCUGGAUAUGCAUCUCCUGCUCAAUCAGGGAUCAUGGAUGACCUGGGACUCUCUAUAGCAGAAUACUCAGUUUUUGCGUCAAUCAUGACAUUUGGAGGAAUGAUUGGUGCUCUGAUAAGUGGAAAGGUGGCUGAUAUUUUUGGCAGGAGAGUUACAAUGUGGCUUUUGGAUUUAUUUUUUAUCUUGGGCUGGUGUUCAAUAACCUUUGGCAAGAGAGCUUGGUGGCUUGAGGCUGGAAGGUUGCUGAUGGGAGUUGGUGCAGGAAUUCAUUUAUAUGUGGCACCUAUAUACAUUUCAGAGGUCACACCGAAAAAUAUCAGAGGGAGCUGUGUAGCAGCUGCUUCAUUUGCGCUGACUCUUGGCUUUUCACUGGCGUAUUACAUUGGGAAUAACAUGAGUUGGCGCACUUUAGCUCUUGUAGGUGCUACCCCUUGCUUUAUACAGGUGCUAGGUGUAUUCUUCAUACCAGAGUCUCCUCGGUGGUUGUCGAAAAUUGGUUUGGAGAAGGAGGUAGAAGCAUCACUAAAACGUCUGAGGGGAGAAAAUGCAGAUAUUUCCACUGAAGCAGCUGAAAUAAAAGAUUUCACUGAAACAGUUCAGCAACACUCAGGAUCCACAUUUAUGGAUUUGUUCAGCAGGAAAUAUGCUCGUCCACUGAUUAUUGGAACCGGGUUAAUGGCUCUCGUGCAGUUCGGAGGAAGCAAUGCAGUAACUUCUUUUGCCAGUUCAAUUUUUAGAGCAGCUGGUUGUUCGGCAGACUCAGCAUCUCGAGCCAUGGCUGUUCUUCAGCUUCCAUUUGCUGCCAUGAGUAUUAUCCUUACAGAAAAAGCUGGACGACGACUUCUUAUGAUGGUUACUUCGGCUGGGGCUUGCUUAGGAUGCUUGCUUGUAGCAUUAGGGUUUCUUUUCGAGUAUAAUCAUCCAUCAACAGAGCUAACCUCUUCAAUGGUGUUGACUGGCAUACUGGUUUGUGAAAACAACAUCCUUUAUUCUUUAAUCUUCUCCUUACUUUUUCGAACACCUGCAGCUUGGCAAAGUCCUUACAUUCUCAUUCCACCUAUGACUUCCAUAUUCUGUCAUCAUUUUGUUGAUUUUUCAUUCUAUAAACAGCUCUUCUCUGUAUUUUUCACAAUGGGAAUGGGUGGUACGCCCUGGAUUAUCAUGUCGGAGAUACUUCCUAUAAACAUCAAGGGUUCUGCUGGAAGUCUUACAACAUUGGUCAACUGUUUUACUUCUUGGAUAGUUUCUUAUGCUUUUAAUUUCCUAUUCGAAUGGAAUGCAGCAGGAACAUUCUUCUUGUUUGCAUUCUUUUGUGGUUCAGUCGUUAUAUUCGUUGCAAUGCUGGUACCAGAGACGAAGGGACGGACACUUGAAGAAAUCCAGGCAUCCAUGACAUUGCUCCAAUGAAAUCAUAUGUUCUUCAAACUUCAUUCAUGACUGCCCAUCUUGAACUUCCUUCUUCAGACUACUUUAUCAUUCAGAAUUGAAACUCAUGUGUAUUGAGACUGAUGUUUGUUAUGUUCAUAUGUAAAUCUUAUCCAAUAUAUCAUAAAAAUAUGAAUGUGUUAUGUUUCCUAUAAAUUAUAAUAAUCAUAUUAACUGUUGUUAAGUCUUGUUUCUUGAAAAUUAAUUGGGGAAUAAGUUAUUCCUCCGUUCA